CUCAAACCGGUUUAUGCUGAUUCAUUCGCUUUUUUUUUAUCGCACAAGAUAAUAAGAACUCGGCAAAGUUGUCGGAUGUAUCAGUAAUACAUUAGUGGUGAAAGCGUACAUAUAUACUAGAGGUAGCUAUUUAUCAAAUUUAACACAGCUGUUGAAAUCUAUUCAACUUUGCGCGAUGAGCUUGUCGGGCCUACCACAUGUUUUGGUCACUAGCAGUGCAACACCGACACCCGGCAUCGAUUUGCUUCGAACAAAAUGCAACGUCACUAUUAUGCCAAAUAUCGUAAACACUCGAGAACAAAUGUUACAAGCUAUACCUGGAUAUGAUGCUAUCUUUCUUGUCGACAAAAAUAAAGUCAACAGUGAAUUUCUGGAUAUUGCCGGCCCAAACUUAAAAGUCAUAUCGACAAUGUCAGCUGGUUACGAUCACAUGGAUAUCCCAGAAAUUAAAAGGAGAGGAAUCAAGGUCGGGCACACGCCGAUGGUACUAUCGGCUGCAGUUGCGGAGAUAGCUGUGCUUUUAAUGUUAUCUGCAGCGAGACGCGCUCAUGAGGGUCGCAUGAUGUUGGAACAAAAUCAAGUGCAAAACGGACCACAAUGGUUGUUGGGACACGAUUUACGAGGCUCGACUGUCGGUAUCUUUGGUUUGGGAAAUAUUGGUCAAGCAAUCGUUAAACGAUUAAUGGCAUUCGAAGUAGAACGCUUUAUCUAUACCGGACAUUCGCGCAAGAAAGCAGGUGAUGAACUUGGAGCAACGUUUGUAUCUUUCGACGAUCUUUUGGAGCAAAGCGACUUUCUCGUGGUCGCAGCUCCCCUGAAUAACGAAACCAGAGGAAUUUUCAACGAUAGUGCUUUCGAUAAAAUGAAAAAAACAGCCAUUUUCGUGAACAUAGCUCGCGGUCAAAUUGUCAAUACCGAUUCGCUGGUAAGAGCCCUUCGUAAUAAGAAGAUAUUCGCUGCCGGAUUGGAUGUUACUGACCCGGAACCGCUACCACCAGAUCAUAAACUUUUGAAGCUACCUAAUGCUGAAAUUAUACCACAUUUGGGCAGCGCGACGAUCAAGACCCGCAACGACAUGUCGACAAUUGCAGCACAGAAUAUUAUUAAUGGUCUUGAAGGCAAACCUUUAGUUUAUUCCUUAUAAUAAAUUAUUUUCCUUAAUUUUGUCUAUAUAUAUAUAUAAUUUAACGUCGAAUUUUUUCCAUAACAAAAUAAAUACAAACGAAGAUGUAAUGUAUAUCUGAAACACAUUUCUAAUGCUCAUGUAAUGAACAAAAGAAAUACUACUUUAUGUGAAAUAAUCUCCAUGGUUCUUAUGUCUAAAUUGCACAAAUGUAAUAAAUCUUAAUCUCAAUAUGAUUAUAAUCAUCAUACUACUUAGGUUAAGUAAAUAUUUUUAUUGAUAUACAAUGAAUUAUCCAAAUAUUCUUAGACAUCACUUUUGCUUAUUAAAUUCAAUUAUUUUGAUCAUUA